UCUCCAGCCCUACUGUGUCAGCUACUCCUUGACAGUGGUCAGUGGCCUCUUGCAGAAGCCCCGGAAGAAGCCUUUUCCCACCAUCCUCCUCAAUUUGCUGAAGAAGGGCCAUGUCUGCCUUUGAUCAGAGGAACCAGAGCAUGCAGCACAUUGAGCCUGAGACAGACUGCAUCACCCCUCGGGUGAAGCCAAGGGGUGAGGUAUUUGUCUCUAUUGAUGGGAAAUGGGUGAAUGACAUCUACUGCCAGCCACCCUUUCCUUCCCACCAGAAACUCUUCAGCAAGAAGGCACAGAAUGAGUGGAGCACCUGGGAGGAGAACAGAGCACUCUGGCAGGAAAACCAGAUCCUCUGGAUCAAAAAUAGGAUGCUCUGGGAAGAAAACAAGGCCCUACAAUAUCUCCAGUCACAGAACAAAUCUGUCCAGGUAAUUUACACAGAUGCUAUUCAGCAAAGCAUCAAGAGAAAAAAUAAGCCACUUCCACUCUUCCAUGAGAGGAACAUGGGCUUUCAGUUCAGCCUGGGCAACAAAGCUCUCCAGGCAGUCCAGGAAAAGUAUAAAAUCUUUCAGGACUUCCAGCAGGAGAAUAAAGUACUCCCGGUUACCUGGAAAGACCAAAAAGCCAUCACGGUCCAUGAAGAGAGCAAAGAUGCCAGCUCAGAUCUUCAGAGGAACACUGACACCAUUGCAGCUGUGGAAAAGGGUAACCCUGGCCCAGUCCCCCAGCAGAAACAUGAAGGUAAAAAGAAGAGCACUACUCCAACUCAGAAUAAGAUGGAGUCUGCCCCAAAUAUGCCGGGAAAGCAUGAAAUCCUCCAGGUUCUCCAGCACUUAGAUGAGCUCCUCCACACCUUCCUGAAAAUGAACCAUCCUCCUGGGGAGAAACAAUGCUGCCACAAUCUCCAUGAUGUGAACAGAUCCUUCCAAGAAGAUUACAAUAAACUGAAGCUGCAGCUGAAUGCUGUUAAAAACACUGUGUCAGACAUUACAGCUCAAAUGGACAUGCUGGAAAAGGAGAUCAUUGCCAUCACUUCCCCAAUGUAUGAAGAAGCAGGGCAGAAGCUGGCAACUGAGCAUCAGCUUGGAGACAUGUGA